CGCCCCCUUUUUGUCACGUGACUAGUGGAACGCAAAGCCACGCCUCUCACUAACCUUCUGAUAUGAACUUGAAAUGACGGUCAAUUAGUGUCGCAGAAAAAGGAAAAGAUGAGCAAUCCACUUAGGGGAGAAGUUAUCAGAUUGUACAAGAAUCUUCUCUAUCUUGGAAGGGAAUACCCAAAAGGAACGGUUUACUUCAGGGAGCGCCUUAAAUCAGCUUUUCUGAAGAACAGAGAUGUCACAGACCCCGAGAAGAUCCGAAAGCUUAUUGAUCGAGGGGAAUUUGUGAUUAAGGAACUUGAGGCCCUUUAUUUCCUCAGAAAAUACAGAGCCAUGAAGAAACGCUAUUACGAACCAGAACACUGAUGCCAUCAUGUCUCUACUAUUGAUCAAAUCCUAUACAGUGGAUGAAGCAUUAAUAAACAUUAUUAAGAUGCUUUUUGUGGUGAUAAGGAGCAUUUGGAGAUGAAAAAGCUAUUUCAGGCUUGUCCUUUUUUCCCAUAUUAAGACAAAUAUUACAGUGUUGUUGAUGAAAUAUGUGUAUCCAUUGUACAGAUCAGAAUGCCCAACCUGCCACUGUUAUAACCUGAGUGCUAAACCAAGGACCACAUAAUAAUGAUUUGUGACAUAAAAAAAAAGCACCAUAUCACUAUCAGAACAGAAACUAUCCUGAUCUGAACAAAGACUAUUCUCAGUUGCCACUGAUUUUGUAAAUAACACUUUAUAUGUGAUGAUGGAUAAAAGUGAAUGCAACAAUAAAUGAAUUGACUUUGUAUUAUA